UCCAUGGGCUUUAAUAACAGGGGACAGUGUGAUCUGUAGGAAAUAAGGCAUGUGUCCUGGGGCUGUCCUGAGAGAAGCUGCUGUUAACAUGUUGAUGACAAUCUUACUGUCAGUGCUUUUGAUGUUGGGGGGUCUUGGCGGGGCGGCGGUGUCUGACCCCCAGUUCUAUGGGAAAUCGAUUCACAGUGAUAAAACUUUGCUGAGCAGCGAUGACGGACGACACACUGUGAGGAAACAGCCAAACCAACAGACGAAAAAUGAAAUCCACAGGAGUUUGGAUCUCAAGAGCUUCAACGUACACGUGAGCCCGACCACCAGCAAAGUCAACCUCCCAACCAUCAUCAAGCUCUACCCGCCCACUGCCAAACCUCCCCAUCUGCACCCCAAUAUGCCCAUGCGCUUUGGAAGGGAAAGUGAUCCUGUCGACGACAGGUUACCAAACUCGACCCCCAACAUGCCCCAGAGGUUUGGGAGGUCCUGGGAGGUGAUUCGAAUGUGUGCAGACUGUCCUGAUGCCCGAGAAGCACUGAGCCCAGUGCUGCCUCAGAGAUUUGGGAGAAACAGUCCAUACUGGAGCCUUCGUAGGACUCUGGCCAAUGCACAGUUAUUGAAGACUGGCUUGCACUGGGCAGAAGAUUUUGACUUUACAACCAGCUCAGAAGAAGUGAAGAUGCAAGAAGAAAACCUUUAAAGGAUGAAAGAGACUCAGCCUGCAUUGAGGUCUAACACAGCAUGUAAAUACCAAUGCAGUGUUUUUACUGUAAAGAUAAUGUUUAGAAUCAAAUGUUUAA